UCCCCCAGGCCGCGCUCAGGCACCCUGACAGCAGCCAUGGCCUCCGAAUCGCCUCGUCGACCGAGCCGUUGUACCGGUGGAGUUGUGGUUCGUCCCCAAGCCGUAACGGAGCAGUCGUACAUGGAGAGCGUCGUGACUUUUUUACAAGACGUCGUGCCCCAGGCGUACAGCAGCUCACCUCUUACAGAAGAGAAGGAGAAAAUAGUCUGGGUCAGAUUUGAAAAUGCAGAUUUAAAUGAUACAUCGAGGAAUAUGGAAUUUCAGGAAAUUCACAGUACUGGAAAUGAACCACCUCUGCUGGUCAUGAUUGGAUAUAGUGAUGGGAUGCAGGUCUGGAGCAUACCUAUCAGCGGUGAGGCGCAGGAACUCUUUUCUGUUCGACAUGGCCCCGUUCGAGCCGCUCGGAUCUUGCCAGCUCCGCAGAUCGGUCCUCAGAAGUGUGACAGCUUUUCCGAGAAGAGGCCUCUGCUUGGUGUGUGUAAGAGCAUUGGAUCUUCUGGCACGAGUCCCCCAUUCUGUUGUGUCGACCUGCACUCCUUGCGCACGGGGGAGAUGGUCAAAUCCAUUCAGUUCAAGACGCCCAUCUACGAUCUCCACUGCAACAAACGGAUCCUGGUUGUUGUCCUGCAAGAGAAAAUCGCCGCUUUUGACAGCUGCACUUUCACAAAAAAAUUCUUCGUGACAAGCUGCUAUCCUUGUCCAGGGCCAAACAUGAAUCCUAUUGCUCUCGGAAACCGCUGGCUUGCUUAUGCAGAGAACAAGCUAAUUCGAUGCCAUCAGUCCCGUGGCGGAGCCUGUGGUGACAACAUUCAGUCGUACACUGCGACGGUCAUUAGCGCGGCCAAAACUCUGAAGACUGGACUGACAAUGGUUGGUAAGGUGGUGACUCAGCUGACAGGGACACUUCCUUCAGGCGUGACGGAAGAGGACGUUGCCACCCAUAGUAAUAGCCGGCGAAGCCCUCUGGUUCCAGGAAUCAUCACAGUUAUCGACACAGAGACCGUUGGAGAAGGGCAGGUACUCGUGAGUGAAGAUUCUGACAGCGAUGGAAUUGUGGCUCAUUUUCCUGCCCAUGAGAAGCCAGUCUGCUGUAUGGCUUUUAAUACAAGCGGAAUGCUGUUGGUCACAACAGAUACUCUAGGCCACGAUUUCCACGUUUUCCAAGUUCUGACUCAUCCUUGGUCCUCAUCACAAAGUGCGGUCCAUCACUUGUACACUCUUCACAGAGGAGAGACUGAAGCGAAAGUGCAGGAUAUCUGCUUCAGCCAUGACUGCCGCUGGGUGGUGGUCAGUACACUCCGGGGCACCUCGCACGUCUUCCCGAUCAACCCUUACGGCGGGCAGCCCUGCGUCCGCACUCACAUGUCCCCCCGGGUUGUGAACCGCAUGAGCCGCUUUCAGAAAAGCGCGGGGCUGGAAGAGAUAGAGCAAGAGCUGACGUCGAAGCAAGGAGGCCGCUGCAGUCCUGUCCCUGGGCUGUCAAGUAGCCCUUCUGGAUCACCUCUCCACGGGAAACUGAACAGCCAAGAGCCCUACAACAACUUCACCAACAACAACCCUGGCAACCCUAGGCUCUCUCCUCUCCCCAGCUUGACGGUGGUUGUCCCUCUUGCACAGAUCAAGCAGCCGAUGACUCUGGGAACCAUCACCAAACGCACAGGACCAUAUCUGUUUGGAGCAGGGUGUUUUUCCAUAAAAACCCCAUGCAAAACGAAACCGCCUCCCCAGAUCUCACCAAGCAAAUCAGUCGGAGGAGAAUUUUGUGUGGCAGCCAUCUUUGGGACGUCAAGAUCAUGGUUUGCAAAUAAUCCAGGUCUGAAACGAGAUAAAGAUCAAUCCAAGCAGUUCGUGGUGGAAUCCCUGUACAUUAUCAGCUGUUACGGGACCCUGGUGGAGCACAUGGUGGAGCCCCGGCCGCUCAGCACAGCCCCCAAGAUUAGCGACGACACGCCCCUGGAGAUGAUGACCUCCCCUCGGGCCAGUUGGACCCUGGUUAGAACCCCACAGUGGAAUGAACUGCAACCGCCAUUUAAUGCAAACCAUCCUCUGCUCCUCGCUGCAGAUGCAGUUCAGUAUUAUCAGUUUCUGCUCGCUGGCUUGGUCCCCCCUGGAAGUCCUGGGCCCAUUACUCGACAUGAAUCCUAUGACAGCUUAGCCUCUGAUCACAGUGGACAGGAGGAUGAAGAAUGGCUUUCUCAGGUGGAAAUUGUGACCCAUACUGGACCCCACCGACGUCUAUGGAUGGGCCCACAGUUCCAGUUCAAAACCAUCCAUCCCUCAGGCCAAACCACCGUCAUAUCUUCCAGCUCUUCCGUGCUGCAGUCACAUGGUCCAAGUGAUACUCCACAGCCUCUCCUCGAUUUUGAUACAGACGACCUGGACCUCAAUAGCCUCAGGAUCCAGCCGGUCCGAUCUGAUCCAGUCAGCAUGCCAGGGUCCUCCCGCCCAACUUCAGAACGCAGAGGGGUUUCCACGAUGAUUGAUGCUGCCUCAGGUGCCUUUGAUCGGAGCGUGACCCUCCUGGAAGUCUGCGGGAGCUGGCCGGAGAGUUUCGGCCUCCGUCACAUGGCCUCCAUUGAACACACAGAGGAGGGACUAAGGGAGCGGCUGGCCGACGCCAUGUCCGAGUCCCCAAGCCGAGACGUCGUGGGAUCGGGAACAGCUCCCUGCCCCCAAGACUGUGCCACCACAUUGGUAAGAACAGCUUUGGCCAAAAGCUCAGACCCAGCCCUUGAAGUAGCAGUUAAAAACAUCCCCCCAGAGAGGCACAUGGCUGGGAAAUGUUUGGGAAAAAAAAAAGGAAAAAAAAAACAAUGCCAACAGCCCAGCGUUCGUGAGCAACCCUACAAUAACAAACCAUUGUGCGUGCGUGAAGGAGGAAGAGCUCCAGCGCGAGGGAAGCAUCGAGACUCUGAGUAACAGCUCGGGCUCCACCAGCGGCAGUAUUCCCCGCAACUUUGACGGCUACAGAACCCCCCUCCCGACUAACGAGAACCAGCCUCUCAGCCUCUUCCCCACGGUGCUCCCUUAGAACCCUCGGCCACCUGACCUGCUCUGGGGCCUUUCCAGCAGUGUAGGCUCCAAUGGGAAGGUGACCCCUGUCCCCCCAGGCUUCCAACUGGUAAGGGGCAGGGUAGGGGGUCAGGCCUCACUCAUCCCAGGCCUCCGUUGGGGCCUGAGCAUUUCCGUGCCGGGCAGAAAAGAGUGGAGGUUCUGAGCAGGUCCAGAGUAAUCCCCAACCCCUGUCGGCUCUGAGCCGGCUGGCUGCCAGAAGCCCACUUGCCGCCCUGAGCCCCAGCCUUCUUGCUGCCCCCUAACCACCCCGCCUAGGGACCCUGCCCCCACAGCGAGUAGUCAGCCCCAUGGCCUCCCGCCCUUUGCCAGGGAGCACUAGGCUCGGCUCCCAAGCAUCAGCUCAUCUUCCUCCCACCGUCUCCCCAUCCUGCCUCUGUACGGAUGAGCUGUGGAUCCUGCUUCCUGUUACAAUAGUGAGGGGGAGAAGCAGUCUCUGAGCGAGUCUGAAAGCCGGGUGACUUUUUUCUCUGCUCCUCCCAUGCAUCGGGGAGAAGACCAGAGCUUGGUGACCGAUUUGCACGCGGUGCGAGCCCCCAGACCACCGUGUGUGUUUGUGAAGAGGAGAGAGAGUGAGGCACCCCACAGCCGGGGCCUGGGGAGGACCAAGGGGUCCGGGAGAACUCAGAUCCAGCCAGGCCUGACCAGGCAGCCGGCCCAUGAUCUUCUCUGCUUCCAUGUCCUCCUCUCUCCUUCUCCAGACUGUUGAUUUUGCUGCUUUUCCUCCCGCCCCCGAGAGGAACUGAAGUUGAAGUGCCAUCAGAAGAGGGGACAAAAAGGAGCUGUUGGUUUUGACUAAUGGAGAGGAUGAUCUUUUUUGCUGUCCCUGCUUUCUCCUUACCCUGUAUAAGAUGCAACUCUCUCCUCUGGUGAAAGAAACCAUGUCUGUGGAAACUCUGUCAAGAAAUGCACGUCUCAUUAAAUAAAUCGAAUUCAAA